AUGCUCUGUGAUAUUUGUUUGAAAACGGAGGCCAAAUACACGUGCCCGAAGUGUUCAAGCAGGUAUUGUUCGUUGGCCUGUUUCAAGACAGCAGCACAUGUGGAAAAGGAUGAUAUAGCUCUUAAGAAGCGGGCGGAAACCAGCGCCAAACCAGCUGAAGGAGAUGCAGAAGUCGUUGUGAAAUCAGAAACGGAACAAACCGAUCAGAUCGAGGAUCCAAUGCUUGCGAUGCUAGUGAAAGACCCUCAAUUUCAAGAAUAUAUUUCGUCACCGGUAUUACAAUUUCACAUCUUGUCUUUAAUUGAGAUUUUGAAUGAUGUUGGUCUUACCAAUGAAUACUCCAAGGAUGGACGUGUUGAGAUAGCAAGCCGGAAACUCAACGGCUUGCGAGAAGGAGGAAUAGAAGAGAACGAGUAUGUGGAGGAGUUCAUUGGCUGGCUGCUGAACUGGAUGGACGAAUAUAAGGGAAAGAUCGCUUCAGGCUGA